GGGCGGGCAGCCGCGGAGCAUCCCCGCCGGCGGGCAGCAUGGCAGCUGCCGGGGAGGUGGAGCCAGCCGCGGACCUGCCAGCUUCGGAACACGGGCACAUUAUCUGCGUUGAAUAAAUCUUCCUUUUUUCCUCCCUACCUGCGCGGAGAACACGAGGCAAAAAAUAAAACAAAAAUAUAGUAAUUUUUAAAUCUAUAUUUUUUUAAAAGCAGGGCCGGCAGGAGAAUACGGGAGAGAGAGGCCAGGUGCGUACGGCUGCCACUCUGCCGGCUGCGGAGGUGCAUGAGGAGCUGGGCUGGGCGCAGCCGCCAUGGAGCACAUCCGGAUGCCCAAGGUGGAAAACGUUCGGUUACUUGACCGUUUAUCUUCAAGAAAAGCUGCACUGGGAACCUUGUAUUUAACAGCUACCCAUGUCAUAUUUGUGGAGAAUGUUUCUGAAACUCGUAAAGAAACUUGGGUUCUUCACAGCCAAAUUUCCUCUAUUGAGAAGCAGGCCACCACUGCCACUGGUUGCCCAUUGCUGAUCCGCUGCAAGAACUUCCAGGUCAUCCAGCUGGUCAUCCCUCAGGAACGAGACUGCCACGAUGUUUACAUAUCUCUGAUACGUCUGACACGACCAGUUAAAUACGAAGAGCUGUAUUGUUUCUCGUUCAAUCCAAAAUUAGAUAAAGAAGAACGAGAACAAGGCUGGAAACUUGUGGACCUCAAUGAAGAAUAUAAUCGGAUGGGUAUUCCAAACAACUAUUGGCAGAUCAGUGAUGUAAACAGAGACUACGGAGUCUGCGACUCUUACCCUACAGAAGUGUAUGUACCAAAGUCUGCAACUGCACACAUCAUAGUGGGAAGCUCUAAAUUUCGCAGCCGAAGGCGUUUCCCAGCACUUUCCUACUACUGCAAGGAUAACAAUGCCUCAAUAUGUAGAAGCAGCCAGCCUUUAUCUGGCUUUAGUGCACGAUGCCUUGAGGAUGAACAGAUGCUUCAGGCCAUUAGAAAAGCAAACCCAGGAAGUGAUUUCAUAUACGUUGUUGACACUCGACCAAAACUCAACGCUAUGGCAAACAGAGCAGCAGGGAAGGGAUAUGAAAAUGAAGACAACUAUUCCAACAUCAAGUUCCAAUUCAUAGGCAUUGAGAACAUCCAUGUCAUGAGAAAUAGUCUGCAGAAAAUGCUUGAAGUUUGUGAGCUGAAAUCGCCUUCAAUGAGUGACUUUCUGUGGGGCCUAGAAAAUUCUGGCUGGCUGAAGCAUAUCAAAGCCAUUAUGGAUGCUGGCAUUUUUAUUGCAAAGGCUGUGGCUGAGGAAGGUGUGAGUGUGCUUGUUCACUGCUCUGAUGGCUGGGAUAGGACAGCCCAGGUUUGCUCUGUAGCAAGCCUUCUCUUGGAUCCGUAUUACAGAACUAUGAAGGGAUUCAUGGUGUUAAUUGAAAAGGAUUGGGUUUCCUUUGGUCACAAAUUUAACCACAGAUACGGCAAUUUAGAUGGAGAUCCGAAGGAGAUAUCCCCUGUUAUUGACCAGUUCAUUGAGUGUGUUUGGCAGUUGAUGGAACAGUUUCCUUGUGCCUUUGAGUUCAAUGAGAGGUUCCUCAUCCACAUACAGCAUCACAUCUAUUCCUGCCAGUUUGGGAAUUUCCUGUGUAACAGCCAGAAGGAGAGACGAGAGCUGAAAAUCCAAGAACGAACAUAUUCAUUGUGGGCUCACUUGUGGAAAAAUCGUGCUGAUUACCUGAAUCCUUUAUAUAGAUCAGACCACAGCCAAACUCAAGGGACCCUGCACCCCCAGAUGGCUCCCUGCAACUUCUUGUACAAGUUCUGGAGUGGGAUGUACAACCGCUUUGAGAAGGGGCUUCAUCCUCGACAGUCAGUUACAGAUUAUCUGAUGGCAGUGAAGGAAGAAACUCAGCAGCUGGAAGAAGAGCUGGAGGUCUUAGGAGAGAGAUUGGCGAAUCUUCAGAAAUCACAAUUAAAUGGUAAUAAAGUCAAGAGUAAGCAACAAGACCGAAGCAAACAGCCAGGGCUUUCUACUUCCAGCAACAGCUUAGCUAACACUCCCCAGGAGUACAGCAACGACCUGAAAUCAUUCCCAUCCCGCAGCCCUUCACAAGGGGAUGAAGACGAUUCAGCCCUGAUUUUGACACAGGACAACCUGAAAAGCUCUGACCCCGACCUCUCAGCAAACAGUGACCAGGAGUCUGGUGUGGAGGACUUGAGCUGUAGGUCCCCAAGCGGGGGUGGCUGCUUGCCCAGUGAAGACAGCGGCAAGGAUUCAGAUGAGGCCGUGUAUCUGGCAGUCUGAAAUACCUUCACAACAGCAAGGAUCCUGGUGAAGUUGAGUCUUUCACGAUCUGGAAUGACAUCUUUUCACCAGAUGAAGGAAUGGGAGUGGUCUGUGGCCUAAAGAAAUAAUCCAAAGAAAGGGAACUGUGCAAUUGUGUAAGUAAAGAUCUAAGCAGAACAAGCCAUUAUUAGUCCUAAGACGUAAUGCUAAAGAAAGGUAAUAUCUGCUGUUAUAUAUAGUUAAGCCAACGUGGCGUUUAAUUUUAUCAGUGCCGUACAUAGUUAUUCCUUACUUUGUACAUUUCCAUCAUUAUUUAUUGUACAAUUUUACAAAGAUGUGAAAUUCCAAAGCGCUCUCUUAGGCAUAGGGACAAGGUUGAAGAUUAGUUAGUGUUAGCCUUACCGGUGAAUCAGUCAAAACUGAGGUCUGUAGAGCUCUUUUGUCUUCAGAGAUAUUGUGUAUAUUAUCCACUUUGGUUUGUUUGUUUUAAUGGGAGGUGUUAGAUUUUGAAGUCCAACAAUUAUUUUGCAUAUUCUCCUACCAGAAUCCUUUAAGGCAAUGUAAAACUAACAAAUGGACAUGCUUGCUUAGGGGAAAAAUGAAGCUUUGAUCCUGCAAAAAUACCCUUUGGUAAGCAGCUGCCGCUGCUGCAUGUGAACGCAACCCAUGUGUACUCAAGUCUGAACCAGUGUUGAAAGUUCAGUAGUUUCUGUGAUCAAAUCUUCAAGGAAUACAACAAUACUUACAACACCUUUGUGGUAAAGGAUCCCUUUAUAAUGAAAGGUACAUUAGGCAGUAUACUCUAGCCUCUUGCUGUUUUUUUCUCAGGUUUAUUUAUUUAUUUUUUAAUAUCUUACCCUUGUUCCAACCAACCCAUAAAGGUAAAAUUCUGAAGGUAAUAAACCCCUGAGUUCUCCAGCCUAUUUUGACUUUUACUUGCAAAUGUUUUAUUUGAGCAGGAGUGAGGUACAUCUACAGUAGAGGUAACAGGGAGUCCAAAAUCACUUACAAAAAAUCACUUAUGAAAGCAUCACUCCAAAUUCAGAAUUAAAGGAAGGUUAUGUCCAUGAAGGAACUGUCAUAAAGAGUAUUUCUUCCAAAGCUUACUAUUCAAAAUAAACCAACCACAAUCAAAGUUGUUUGGUUUUUUUAUCCUCACACAAAAUUUCCUCUGUAGUAUUUCCCAACCUGAGCAACACAUGGCAGUGCUAUUUUAAUAAAGACUGAUUCACCACAACAGGAAGUUUAAUCUUGUUUGGUUUAAGCAUUUUCAUGUUUUUUAAGAGAAGAAGUAAUAGCUUUCAUAAUCAUAGGCAGGGAGGUAAACCACUGGAAAAAUGUUUAAAAUAUGGGAUGUUUUGAAACAUUACAAAGGCUUCCAUACCAGGAUGUAAUUCUUCCAAGUUUCUUGUUUGUUUAUUUUUAAUUAAAGCAAGCCAUUAAAAAUGCAACUCACAUGGCUGUUUUUACCUGCUUGGAAACAAUGUGGUAUUGAACUGUAGUAAAGCAAAGCAGGAAUAAUGUAAGUUUACUUUGAUUGCAUUUCAUACUACUCCUUCAAAUAGAGACUUACAGGCAGAAUUAAAUGAUAUAGAUAUACCUCAAUUUAGAAGCUUUAGAUUUUAUUAUUCAGCCUGCUUUUGUGGAAUAGCUUUUCAUUCACUUCUAUGAACUUGCUGUAUUAAAAAUGGGUAGGUAAACCUCAGUAUUAUUAAUAUAUCCUCUUAAGGGAGCUGCUGUCUUUGAACAAAUAAAUCAAUUCCUAUCAGCAAGAUUUAUCUUAGUGUUAUACUGAAAGGCCAGAUCCUCGAUUUGAUAAAUCAUUGUAGCUCAAUUGAAAUAAAUACAACUAUAACUUAGACUCUAUUGAGAAUUUAGCCUUCUGGUUUUUAAUAUUUAUGAAUUUUUUAAUAAACAAAAUCCCUGAUUUUAAUUGUACUUUUAAAAAUGUUUCAUAUUCUGAACAUAACCUGUAAAAUACAUGGUAUUAAAGGAGAUUUUGAAUGGGUUUUCUCAAACUAAGAAACAUGCUGCAGAGUCAGCAAUGAAAACAAAACAGACAAAUAUUCUGCCUAAAAAUGAGUUUGGAAAUGAGCAAUGUUAUUGCAGAUCUUUAAAAUGUGAAAUUGUGUAUGAUGGUAUUGUGUCCUAUCAGACAUGUCUAGAUAUAAAUGCAAACCAGGAACAUAUGCAAAUUCAAAGCACUGUCUUCAUGUCGCUUAUGCAACUCCUUGUAACUCACUUUACAACCAAAAUAUUAACAUAUUAAUAUUUUAUAUUAAGACUUUGAUUAGCAGCCUUCUGUGAUGUGUCUUUCAGUACCUGGAAUUUUGCAUUAGUUACUACUGUUUUCAUUGUAAUGUAUGUAUUUGUGGCAUUAUUAGCCUGCUGAGAAGCACUACCAAAUAAACACUUGGGUCAUUUAGCAUUA